AUGCCAUCUCUUUUAUGUUUAGAAAUCGACCACUGCUAUACGCUGAAAGCACUGCCGAACUUCCUAUGGAAGACCCCGCUGUGGGAAUUGAGCAUCGAGGAGGAUUGUUCGAUUCUUGCACAAUGGUUCGAGACGAGAUGUGGAAUGGAGUGGACACGGGUCUUACAUGAAACAACCCCAACAAAAACAAAGAAACUUUUUGUUACUGGCCUAUCAUUUUAUACAUCUGAGAAAACCCUCCGGGCAGCAUUUGAAGGCUUUGGUGAGCUUGUUGAAGUUAAAAUAAUAAUGGACAAAAUUUCUAAAAGGUCCAAAGGUUAUGCAUUCAUAGAAUACACCACGGAGGAAGCUGCUAGUGCAGCACUCAGAGAGAUGAAUGGCAAGAUCAUUAAUGGCUGGAUGAUAGUUGUUGAUGUUGCCAAGACUAGCCCUCCAAGAUACAGCAGGGGUCAGAGCAGACCAGCAACCAGAUGAAAGAGAGAGAAGGUUAUAGAGAGAUUUGUCACUAAGAAUUGAAUUAUUUUGUGCCCAGCAUCCUAAAUAUUGACAUUGAGUUCAUAUAA